GCCCUUUUUUCCUCUCAUCUCAUAACUUUGUGCAACCAUGGGCUUCUUCUGGAGCUUCCUUCUGUCGUACCCUGAGGUCUUCCUAGCCAUCAUCUGCUUCUUCUGCCUCUCCCUCUUCCGCCUCAUACGGCAGUGCCAGGAGAGUGCCAUCCCGGUGAACUGGCCUGUUGUUGGGAUGCUUCCCUUCCUCGUGAGGAAUCUGUACAACAUUCAUGACAAGGUUGCAGAUAUGCUCCGCGAGGCAGGAUGCACCUUCAUGAUCAUUGGCCCAUGGUUCCUCAACAUGAACUUCUUGUCAACCUGCGACCCAGCCACAGUCAACCACUGCUUCAACACUAACUUUAAGAACUACCCGAAAGGCAGUGAGUUUGCAGAGAUGUUUGACAUCCUAGGUGACGGGCUCCUUGUGGCGGACUCUGAAUCCUGGGAGUAUCAGCGCCGUGUGGCGAUGCUCGUCUUUGCUAGCCGUGCCUUUCGGUCAUUCUCCAUGUCCACCAUCACGAGGAAGGCCGGCACAGUAUUGUUACCCUACCUUGACCACAUGGCUAAGCAUGGCUCUGAGGUUGAGCUGGAGGGCGUCUUCAUGAGGUUCUCGCUUGAUGUCUCCUACUCCACUGUGUUUGCAACUGACCUUGACUGCUUGUCUGUGUCUCGUCCGAUCCCUGUGUUUGGCCAAGCCACCAAGGAAGUGGAGGAGGGAAUGCUGUUCAGGCACGUCGUGCCACCGAGCUUGUGGAAGCUCUUGAGGGUGCUCAAGGUCGGGAGCGAGAAGAAGAUGGCGGAUGCAAGGGUGGUGAUCGACCAGUUCAUCUAUGAGGAGAUCGCCAAACGGAAGGCACAGGUGAACAAGAAAAGCCAAGGAGACGUGCUGUCCUUGUACAUGAAAUGGCCAAUGGAUCCCAACAUGAGUGAGCAGCAGAAGACGCAGUUCCUGCGUGACACGGUGGUGGGGUUCAUCUUUGCCGGCAAGGACCUUGUUGCUGUCACACUCACUUGGUUCUUCUACAUGAUGUGCAAGCAUCCGCAUGUUGAGGCGAGGAUCCUUGAGGAGAUCAAGUCCCUGCAGAGCACAAGGUGGCCAGGGAACCUCUCCGUUUUUGAGGGUGACAUGCUCCGGCCUGCUAUUUACCUCCAAGCUGCUCUCCUCGAGACACUUAGGCUCUUCCCAGCGACCCCAUUUGAGGAGAAGGAGGCCCUCGACGACGAUGUCCUGCCAAACGGUACCAGGGUGAGCAAGGGCACACGGAUCAUCUUCUCGCUCUAUGCCAUGGGGAGGAUUGAAGGGAUAUGGGGCAAGGACUGUGCUGAAUUCAGGCCAGAGCGGUGGGUAUCAAAGAGCGGGCGACUCCGGCACGAGCCAAGCUACAAGUUCCUGGCCUUCAAUACCGGGCCCAGGAGCUGCCUGGGGAAGGACCUUGGCCUCAGCAACAUGAAGAUCGCAGCUGCUUCCAUCAUAUACAACUUCAAGGUCGAGCUCGUGGAAGGCCAUGCUGUGACGCCUGAAAGCGCUGUGAUACUGCACACACGGAACGGGAUGAUGGUUAGGCUCAAGAGAAGGGAGCCAACUGAUUGAUUUUACUGCUAUCUGUUCUUACUUUGUUCAGCUAUGUAUGCGCAUGGAACUAGCUGCUGAAUCCAUUACCCAUGGAUGGAAUAACUGAAGGUGCAAGCCAUCUGCUCGUAGUGUUGAAGUUGUCACUCUGUGAUAUGAGCAAAGUAUUAUAGUGAUUGUUGUGAAGGUAUUUACUUAUUUUCGUGUAAAAUCUGUAUCUGUUAUGAUCUUAUUGUGUACAAUAGUCAUCACAGAGCAGUUAUGAAAAAUACAUUGAUCUUUUAUGGCGAAA